AUGCCGAAAUGUGACGGCGGCGAGGGCGACACGGACGGAGCAGGCGACAAAGGCGAAUCCGACGGCGGAGGCGGCGACGGCGACACGGACGGAGGCGGCGAAAGCGAGACCGAUGGCGGCGACGGCGACGGCAAGCGAGCUUGCUGCGGGGAGGGCGAGACGGAGGAAGGCAGCGGCGACGGCGACACGGACGGAGGCGGCGACGGCGACACGGACGGAGGCGGCGACGGCGACACGGACGGAGGCGGCGAAAGCGAGACCGAUGGCUGCGACGGCGACGGCAAGCGAGCUUGCUGCGGGGAGGGCGAGACGGAGGAAGGCAGCGGCGACGGCGACACGGACGGAGGCGGCGACGGCGACACGGACGGAGGCGGCGACGGCGACACGGACGGAGGCGGCGAAAGCGAGACCGAUGGCGGCGACGGCGACGGCAAGCGAGCUUGCUGCGGGGAGGGCGAGACGGAGGAAGGCAGCGGCGACGGCGACACGGACGGAGGCGGCGAAGGCGACACGGACGGAGGCGGCGAAGGCGACACGGACGGAUCCGAGGCGGCGACGGCGACACGGACGGCGGAGCGGCGACAGCGACACGGAAGAAGGCGACGGCGAGACCGACGGCACGGCGGGGAGGGUGAGGGCGGCAGCGGGGAGGAGUGCGGCGGCAACGGCAGCGGCGAGGGCGGCGGCGACGGCGGAGGAGAGAGCGGCGGAGAGGGCGGUGGAGAAGGCCGCGGGGAGGGUGGCGGAGAGGGCGGUGGAGGCGAGGGCGGCGGCGACGGCUGA